AUGCCACCACACCCACAAACCACUGAAACUAAACAAAAACUGGCAGCAGCAGGACCCGGGUCCUCUUUAGCCCAGCUCGCUCGGGGCAGGAAGGGAGUCAACGGAACUGAGAAAACAGCUCGUUCAGCUGUUUCUGGUUUGGGGCGCAGAAAAAGAAAUCGCCAUGUGGGAAUUCGAGCCCCUCAAAAUAAACCCAAGGGUCAACGUCCCCUCCCCCGCGCGGGAGCCACCGGCCGGCGCGGGCCCUUCUCCUUUCCGCGCGGGGUGCGCGAGGGCAGAGAGGUCCGCGGCCGAGGGUGCAGGCUGACAGGCUUUGGGAGUCAUCUCGGCCGGCAGGCCUCGACUCCUCCGCCCGGGAGAUAUUCUCCACGACCCCCCGAGGCGGCCGGUGCAGGCCUACGGGCCCGCGAGCCCGUAGCGCGGGGCGCCGAGGGGAGGCGGGGCGAGGCCGCGGGGCGGAGGGGCGCGGGAGGUGCAUCCUGGGAAAUCCAGCAACAUGGGGCGAAGCGGCCGUCGCCGUCUCGAGUCCGGGCCGCGGGCGACGAAGCUUCUCUAACGCCCCGGCAGGGGCCUCGCCGCACGCCGCAGCCCGGGCUCCUGCGGCACAGCCUCGCCGGCGCACGCUCCUCCCGCCUCUCCGAAGGGCCAUGUGAGGAGGCAGCUCCCGCCGCCGCCGUCGCCUCCUCCUCCUCUUCCUCCCCCUGCCCCUCCCUCCCCUCCCGCCCCCCUCAGACGGCGCCCGCGAGGAGCCCCCACUGCUGCCCACCCGCCCGCUCUCGCAACGCCGCCCCCGCGAUGGACAGGAACUACGCGACCUCCGGCUUUGCCGACCCGCCGCCGCCGCCGCCCGCGCCCCCCGCCGCUCCCGCCGCCGCCUCCAGCGCCGCCGCGCAGCCCCCCGCCCCCGCCUGGGCCUACGAACCCCGAGUCCCGGCCGCCGCCUCCAGCCCCAGCUGCAGCGGCCGCAGCAGCCCCAGCCUCAAGGCCAGGUAG